UCAGUCUGAUUCUGUUGCCGGUCGUGUGCAGAACGUUAGGUCGGAUAUAUUUUUUUCUUUUUUGCAAGUAAAGAUUGUUAAAAGAAGAAGAAGCAGAGGACUGAACUAAUUCAACUGCUCGGUCGGACGUUACUCAUUCGACGCGUCGCACGACAAUCUCAAAGUGACCGCGUUCGGCGCAGGUUCUUAGUUGCGGAUUGUGCGUUAAUAUUUGAAUUGAAUAUCAAUAAGCGAAUUAUUUCGUUUUUAUAAAUUUCGUGUUAAUUGAAUACAAUAAUGAAGUGGCCAAUCGAAUGCUAUUUUUUGGAAUUAUGUAAAUUACUUGAUAUGAAAUAUUUUCGCUUCGAUUGUCGUGCUUGAAUUCAGAAUAAGUGUUGAAAAUUUAAAUUUGAAAACAGGUUAGUGGCUGCUUGAGAAGCUGAAUGAAAUAUCAAGUUAUUUGUGUGAUGUUGGUGUUCAUUUGGAGAAAUAUUAAAUGAAAGUGAGUGAAUAGAAGCAUUUAUGUGGAAAAAUUUGAAAUGUAGAACUGUAAUAGUAAUAAAUUUCAUGUGACAAAUUUAAUAGAUAAAUAUGGUGCGAUAAACAAAUAAAUGUUUAUAAAUAGUACUAUAAACUAAGCAAUGUUAUAAAAAAAUAUUGGCAAUGUGGCUUAUUGUGAUGCAAAUUUCGAGCAACUUGAAGCGUGACUUAAUUAGCAGAAAAAUACGAAUAUAUGUGUAACAUAAAAAUGCUUCUAGGGGAAAAAAUUACAUGUGUUAAUAAAAAUAUUGGAAAAAUUCGAAAAAUUAAAUAUAAUAAAUUAAAAUAAUUAAAUAUAAAAGAAUAUUGAAUUAUUAUAUUAAAAACUGUGAAGUGUACAGUAAAAUUUUGAAAUCCAAUGCAAAAGUUUUCAAAGCAUAAAAAAUUGAAUUUUGAAAAAGUUUCGGAUAUCUCCUGGCUGUGAAAAUUAACAUAAAUUUGGCUUCUUAAUGCAUAGAAUUUGAAUUGUGGAUUAUUCGUUAAUAAUAAACGCCAAGACCGCGCCACAACCAAAUAAAAUGAAAUUUCACACCAGCAACUAAGUUCCACCCCCAUCCAACGCUGCAAUUACUUCCUCCUGUUAGACAAGAUGUUUUCCCACGCACUUUGGCACCCUCAGUUGGCAACAGUUGCCAUUGCCGCCGGUACUUUAGCCACCGCCUCAACAUCUGACGAAAUGUUGCUCCUCGAUGACGAGGUCGCAGUAAGUCAAGCGUACUAUACCAAUUCGCAGCUCUUUGCCUUUGACUCGUCCUCCAUGGUGGAUCUCCAGCAGCUGCUGCAGAGCGAAGCGUUCAAGCACAAUAUGUCACUGACACUGAACAUCUCCACGGAGAACCUGACGGAUCUGCUAAACACCGCGCAGCUGAAUCAGACCUGGGAGUCGCCGCAAGAGCAACAGCUCCCCAUGUCCGUCUUGAUUACGCUCACCGUCUUCUAUGCCAUCAUAUUUGUGGCUGGUGUGUUGGGUAAUCUCAUCACAUGCAUUGUCAUAUCGCGCAAUAAAUUCAUGCACACCGCCACCAAUUUCUACCUCUUCAACUUGGCGGUGUCGGAUUUGAUGUUACUGCUAUCUGGUGCGCCUCAAGAUGUUUACAGUUAUUGGUAUCCCAAUGCAUUUCCAUUUGGCGAUGUAAUUUGCAUUCUUGGCAGUGUUUUAGCGGAGACAGCUACCAAUGCGACCGUGCUGACAAUAACGGCAUUUACCGUUGAACGCUACAUAGCGAUAUGUCAUCCCUUUCGACAGCACACCAUGUCGAAGCUCUCGCGCGCUAUCAAGUUCAUCUUCGCCAUUUGGGUGACGGCGCUGCUGCUCGCUCUGCCACAGGCAAUGCAAUUCUCUGUUGUGUCCGAGCAGGGCGGGACAUCUUGCACGAUUGGCAAUCACUUUGUCGAACAUGUUUUCGCCGUAUCGGGGUUUAUCUUCUUUGGCGGUCCCAUGACGGCGAUUUGUGUGCUCUACGUCCUGAUUGGCAUAAAGUUGAAACGGAGCCGCCUGCUUCAGGCAAUGCCACGGCGUAGUCUAGAUGUGCAUCGAGGGAUCAGCGCUCAAAGUCGUGUGAUCAGAAUGUUGGUUGCCGUCGCUGUGGCUUUCUUCCUCUGUUGGGCACCCUUCCACGCGCAACGCUUGAUGGCUGUGUAUGGCAGCAGCGCGAACAUUGAAUCUCAACUGUUCAAAGAUGUCUUCGAAGCUGUCGACCUCAUAUCCGGUGUGUUGUAUUACCUCUCGACCUGCAUCAAUCCGUUGCUGUACAACAUCAUGAGCCACAAAUUUCGUGAUGCUUUUAAGGUAACUUUAGCUCGUCAAUUCGGACUCCCCGGUCGCUCUCAGAGUCAAAGCCACAAUUACAGCGCCCUACUGCGACAGAACGGUUCCAUGCGUCUUCAUACAACGGUGAAUAACAAUGCUCUCGAUCACUACCACUCUUACCGAGUUAUGCAAUUGCAUUGUCGUGACCAAAGCCAUCAUUUUUCUCUGCAGGACAGCAUCCGAACAACAACAACGACGACCACAAUCAACAGCAGCGGUGGAAUGGGAAGCAUGACUAUGGGCGGAAAGGGUGGCAAUAGCGUUAGUCGUCGUUCAUCCAAUCGUUCGCGUUACACCUCCAUCGGCUCGCAAUCUCCGCUUACGACUACACUGAGCAAGCGUGAUGAAAUCGCCACCAAUCAAGUAAAUGGUUUAACUGCAGCGAAACAACAACAGCAACACCAUCACUUGCUGCAAUCUCAAUUAUCGCAACGAUCCAAUGGCGCCGAUAGCAAUAUACUACUAGACAUAGAAUUGGGCACAGCGCACAACUAUUGUCACGUUCGUCCGCAGUCGGUGGGCAUAAAUUGCAAUCGAAGUGAUAACUUACGGCGCUCCGUCAUUAGCAAUAGUAUGGUGCAUGCGCCGCGUAAUGCGCGACCUCUUUGCGAUGAUCGCAUGUCGAUUAACUCGCAAGAGUGGGACAGCAACGCCAGUCAGUAUGAACUUGGCGACACUCUUUGUAUGGGUGAACUUGAGUCCGAGUUGGCGAAACCCGCCACACCACACAGUCUGACAAGGGCGCGUAUGUCUGCCCCUCAACCAGCACCCACCGUACAACCGGUUAAUUCCAUAGCGGAAUUGGACAUUCACACUCCGGCACGAACGCGUCUCAAACUUUCAAAAAUAAUCAGUCGACGUGACCAGGACACUUUGUUGGCCAAGUCUGCGCCGCGUGCUGAACUAAUGCGAAGCGCCUCUAACACCCCUAAUGUGCCUGGCUCACCGUUUACGACGUACGAAAACGAUAAGAAGAAACAGGCGCGUAACGCGAACGGCGCGCGGACACAUAAAACGUUUGACUCCAUAACAGGCAUCUUUCAUUGGCGAGCUCGUAAAAAAGAGCUGAAUGGACGACAUGUCGGCAGUGGUGGUCCAGGUGGUAGUAGUAGGUCGCGACAGGACAGUAUCUCUACAACUCACACAAGCUCUAGUACUCCCACCCCACGAACGGCUCUUAUGCGUAGCAUAUCGUCCACGUCACCGGCGGUGCUGGAGUCUACGCUAAAUGUCGAAAUGAUUGGACAGAAAUUGUGAAUGGCAUCGUCAACAGGCACACACUCGCAGACACAGACACUACGAAAGAGUGCAGCGUUAGGUUCAACUUGAGAAAGUUAGGUAAACGUAGACAUGACAUUUGUCCGGUCACCGAGACCAGAUGGCGUCAUAGUUGUACUGUGCGGCACCUCACGUCCUCAUUUGCACCCUUAUAUGUUUGCUAGUGUACUCACUUCCCACAUAUGUAUCCACAUGCACUUAGAAGCCACGCUUGAAGCUCAAAGCUACACAAAUUGACACCAACUAAAUUGUUGAAAACAAAGAAUCACAAGUUUCCCAAAAUCAGUCUCAUACUCGAAUAUGUACAAACAAUCUGUCUCCGUCUCCUUUCAUCAUCAUCCGCAAAGUCACGAACAUAGAAAGUGCGAGUUGCCUAAGUCAUCUGUCUCGUCAGCGUGUUAGGCCACUUAUCUCCGCAAUUUGUUGCCACAUCUAGCCAACCACGUAACACGCAUAUAUUUCAGACAAAUGAAGGUUCUUGUGUCAGAGUGUGUAUCAGAGAAUGCCAUUGUAGAUUUGUCGCAUCGCAACCAUUUGCCACAUUUGCGUAAAUACAGAAAUAAAAUAAAUUGUAAGAAAUCCCUAGUCAGACAGUCGUAUCGCUACAAAUGGCAUGACAUUAACUAAAAGCAGACUCAACCCCACUUUGAGUCCGACAUAUGUAAAUGACAAUUCUCAGCCACUGUGAAGAGAGAAAAUAGAAUAGAUUUAGCGCUAAGAACGAGAUUUAUGCUUAUGAUUAUUAGCACAUUAAAGUUGUGGACAUAACGUAUGGAAAAUAAUAUAUGCCUUUACUUAACAUACCUUAAAAUAAAAUAAAAUAAAAUAAAAUAGAAUAAAAUAGAAUAAAAUAAAAUAGAAUAAAAUAAAAUAAAAUAAAAUAAAAUAAAAUAAAAUGAAAUGAAAUAAAAUAAAAUAAAAUAAAAUAAAAUAAAAUAAAAUAAAAUAAAAUAAUAUAAUAUAAAUAAAAUAACAUUAUACAACUUUUAAUGGUUAUUAUAAUAUUGACGUGAAAGUGAACUUAAGACUUUUCCCCAUUCCAAAAUCCACAAGAGAGACAUAAAACUAGCACUCUUAACACUCUUUGUGGCGCUAAAAACU